AUGGUCGCUUACAAGUUACUUUUACCCUACACUAACCUGGCUGGUGAAUUGGUUAGCCACACAAAAUAUUUCGCGUUCCGCCUGUCGUCAUCUGCGCGCAGUGGCGAUGACGCUGUCUUCACUUUCACCUGCGUUUCUGCGCGCUGUAAGGCGACCGAGAUGUUUUACGGGCCGACAUCGAUGUUAACUCCGGAUAGAGACCAACUUGCUGUGGCGACAAGCGAAGAUUUCUUUCAGUUUGUCUCCUUUCACAACCAUCGACAUCAAGGGCAGUCAAUUCUACAUACAUGCUCUGGCAAGCCGCCGCACAUUGCUGCGAAUGCAAUGUUUCGUAUCAAACUCCAGACUACGCCGUUCUCACGUCCUCGUCGUAUUUCGGAGAUCCGCUCGCACAUUGACAUUGUCCGCGAAGAUGUGAACACUGUUUUCCCAGGCUUUCAGACAGAGAAUUCGGAUGAUGAGCUCAUUGACAUUGUCCUUGAACGCCUUAAAUAG